AUGUCUAAACGCGACGCCCCGGACAUCGCCAAUCUGCGCCUCUCCGAUCCUGACGAAGACCUUUUCGCGAGCCCCGAGAGCGGCGCUACCACGCAAAAACACACGCCGACAUCCAAUACCACCCCCAGUCAGAAGCAGCAACAGCACAAUGGACCUAAACUGUCGAAACAAGAACUCCAAGAAGCGCGCGAGGCGAAACUGCACGCCGAACUCGAAAAGGUCCGCGAAGUGAACCGCACGAUAGAAGGAGUCACGGCCUCCCUCACCAAAGCGCAAGCCAACAUGUCCACCGUACACGAGACUGUCAACAAUGCUUCCACACUUCUCGCGACGUGGACGCGUAUACUUUCGCAAACGGAACACAACCAGCGGCUGAUUCUGAAUCCGAAUUGGUCAGGCGCGACACGGGAUCUGGAAGACAUGGAGAAUGACGAAUUGAGACGGCAGCAGGAAGCGGAGAAGAGGGCGAUGGAGGAGCAGAGGCGGAGGGAGGAGGCGCAGCGCAGAGCAGAGGAAGAAGAGAGGAAGAGGGCUGUUGCGGAGUCGAAGAGAGGAAGCGUGACGAGGACUAGGAGUGUGCGAGGCACGCGAGCUAGCAGCCUCAGGAGUGGUGCUGGUGCGGAGAGUUCGAGAGGGAGAGGCACGACGUCUAGUUCGGGUGGGACGAGAGGGUAUGGACGAGUGGGCAGUGUUGGGACAUCGAGAGGAAGAGGUCGCGGGAUGGGUUGA